AUGGCAUCGCGCCUACAUGGCAGUCGGCAUCAGGGGGCCCUGCUGGGCUUGCAGCAGCCGGCGGGGCUCGUGCCCCGCACCCGCAGCCUCAACAGGGGCCGCCUGACGCAGCUGCGCGUCGCGGCGGCCGCCAGCUCGCCCCCGCUCCCCGCCAAGCUCAGCGGCGACGACUUGAAGGAGGCGGAGCUCAAGAAGCUGCGCACGGUGGCGGACUUUGAGUUCUGGAAGCGGCACCGCAGCAGCAGCCGGUACUGGCGCCACGUGCUGGGCAUCUUUGACUCGCGUACCUUCUCCUGGGUGGCGGCGCCGCUGUCCUAUGUCAUGCUGCUGACCACGGGUGUGUGCCUGUACUACACGCUGGCAGAGGCCGGCAUCGUACCGGAGGUGAUCCCGGAGAUCUCAGCUUCCGCCGCCGCCCCCUUCGGCCUCACCUCCUUUGCCCUCUCCACCCUGCUGGUCCUGCGCACCAACACGAGCUACCAGCGGUGGGACGAGGCGCGCAAGAUGUGGGGCCUGAUUGUGAACCGCACCCGCGACAUCUCCCGCCAGGCCGUGGGCUACAUCCCGCCCCACCAGGCAGAGCUGCAAGACAUGUUCUGCCGCUGGCUGGUGGCCUACUGCCGCUCCCUCAUGUGCCACCUGCGGGCGGGCGAGGACCUGGAGGCGGAGCUGAAGGGCAAGCUGACUGACAUCGAGCUCAAAGCGCUGCUGGCCUCCACCCACAGGCCCAACUACACCUGCCAGGUCCUCACCGCCAUCAUCCGCGCAGCGCAGCUGCCCGGCGGCAAGGUGGACAUGAACGACUCGUUUGCCAAUGUCAAGGCCUCGGCCGCCUUCCGCAUGGACGAGAACCUGACGCAGUACGCGGAUGUGACCGGCGGCUGCGAACGCAUCCUGCGCACACCGGUGCCCCUCUCGUACUCCCGCCACAACUCCCGCUUCCUCAUCAUCUGGCUCACCCUGCUGCCCUUCACGCUGUGGGACCAAUGCCACUGGUUCACCCUGCCGGUCACCGGCCUCGUGGCCUUCCUGCUGCUGGGCAUCAAGGAGAUUGGUGUGGUGGUGGAGGAGCCCUUCUCCAUCCUGCCCCUGGAGCGCAUCUGCGACACGAUUGAGGCCAACGUGUGGGAGAUCCAUUCCAUCCAUUCCGCAAAGGCGAUGAAGGAGCAGGCGGAGGCGCGCGCCGCGGGGCUCCCCUCAGACCUGAUGGAAGCCAGUGAUCUGGUUUCGGUGGUGUCUGAGCUGGCGCUGGCCGCCGGUACCGGCGGUACUGGCACCACCGCCGGAAACGGCAAUGGCGCCGGCAAUGGCAACGGCAGUGCUGCCGCCGCCGUGGUGGCCGCCAACGGUGCCGUGGUGGUGAAGGUUUGA